CAGGUUGACAGUCAUACGGCAGUAAUGGCUGCCUCCUUGCGGUGUUAGGAGCGUGUCGGUGGUGCUGUGUGUGAGUGAGUUACUGCGGUUCGGGGCUCUGCGGUGCUGCGGGGGAAGGAGAUGGCGGUGACGGGCGCGGGGAUUGAGGCUCUGCUGAGCCGCCUGCUGAGCAGAGAGCGCGGGAAGCCCAUCCUCAGACCCAACAAACCCCUGGUCCUCAAGGACGAGGUGGCCAACAAGAAAACCGAGAAAGGAGAGGCAUCAUGUAUCACAGAGAUGUCUAUACUAAUGGCUUGCUGGAAGAAGAAGGAUUUCAACAGCUCCCUUUGCUCCAAAGAAAUCUCAGACUUCUACAGCUGUGUAGGAAGGGCAGAGAGAAGAAAGGCUAGGCAGCAAGCUGCUGUUGGCCAGGGUAAGAAAAUGCUGCCCAAACAGGCCAAUGUACUGCUGAAACGGUACCCCAACUUGGGCAAAGAGAUCUAGCUUGGGUGCAUUCUGCCACAAACUCCUGGAUGAACUCCUGGAUGUUGAAGAAAGGGACCAGCAUGUGCCACGGAUUUGGGCAAUGAAUCAGCAAACCUCAAGGACAAUUUGUGCUCAGAUGGUUUGGCUUACAGAGAUAUGGAGAGACAGAGGUUUAAAGAUUCAUUCAUUUAUUUCUCUCUCUAUUGUAAACUUGACGUUGUAAUUUCUGGAGAUUUUAUCUAAUGUGAUUUAUCCCAAUUGCAGCAGAUACUGGCAGAGUAAAUGAUUUGUUUUUUUUUAAUGGAUGAACUUCUAUCUGUUACUGCAUUUUGUUGAGUCUGUCAUGGUCACCCAGUCAAAACAGGACAAGACGUAUCACUGAAAACCUUGCUGCAGUUCACACCGUGCACAAUAUGAUUCAAACGUCUUUGAAAGCUCAUUUGUGUGAAAUGUUUUGAAUUACUAUUAUUAUUGAUGAUAAUGUACUUGACAUCCCUAACAGAUGUUAUUAAAUAUUAUUGAUUUGGUGAAAUUGA